AUGGCUGACACGACUUUUAGCAUUUCUAAAUACCAGAUGGCGGGCACGAUUUCUGAAAUAAUGAAAAAGGCGGAUGUCGCCUUCUUCAAGGAGGCCCUUAAGCGCCCGGGAAAGGCCGGGGAGGCUGAACCCGAAGGUACGGCGGGCAUCAUGAGCGAGGCCCUGGCCCAGGAGGCGCCAGACAACCUCGCUACAAUAUUGGCGGAAACCGCCAAGUCCUGUAAUCUCAAGGGGACGGUGAUCAAAGCCAUUAAAGAGGCCGUCAAAAAGGUGGAGAAAGCCAUCGAUUUUCUCCACCUUGGAGAGACGGCGACGGAGAGACUAUGCGGUCUCUGCCGCCGGAUGAGGAGGCAGCCCCUAGAGGCGGAGGUCAAGGCCCUGAGGGGGGCCUACUCCAUCGCUACGGCCAAGGCCACGGCGCAGGUGGCCCCACCGCCGUGCAGCUCCGCGGUGAUGCACGCGGAGGCGAGGAAGGCCAUCGACGACCUCAGUGCGCCCGCUUAUGAGGCGACGCCUGCUGCCACCGCUGUCGCCGCAGCUGCCCCGAGGUUGCUUCCCUCUGCCGCGGCCCCCGAGUCGACACCGGGCCUCUCCCACGACCGAAACGCGCCUGCUGACCCGCGGCCCAACAAGAAGGCCAAGAGGAAGGCUCCCCCGCCGAAGGCUACUGCUGCCCCUCCUGCGGCGCCCCCCGCUGUUUCCGCCAUCCCUGCCGCCCCAGACGUGGCAGCCUCCAUGCCGACUGACCAGACGGAAACGUCCUGGGCUCUCUUCACCCCGAAAUCAUCGGCGGUGGUGAUAACACUGAGGCUCGAAGCGGUGGCGGAAAACGGGGUCACUUACAAGGGGGUCCUAGAGGCGGCGACCGCUGCGGUCGAUUUGGGCAGCCUCGGUAUCCCGCACGUGCGGGUGCGGAACACCCAGACGAGUGCCCGCAUAGUCGAGGUGCCCGGGGCGACCAACGCAGGGAAGGCCGACACCCUGGCGGCCAAGCUGGAGGAGGUGAUAGGGGGGCUGGCGGCAGUAACGCGGCCUACCAAAACCGCCAAUCUAAGGGUCACUGGCUUUGACGAGUCGGUGACCUCGGAGAAGAUCCGGACGGUGGUGGCCGCCAAAGGGCAAUGCCCCCAGUCCGCCGUGAGCGUGGGCGUCGUAAGGCUGGUCCCCAACGGGAGGGGGUCAGCCCUCGUCCGCUGCCCGGUGACGGCGGCCCAACGGGUGACGGCUGCCGGCCGCCUAUUGGUGGGGUGGUCCUUCGCCGGGCCAUGUGAUGGAGCCCCUCCCCAUGCGCUGCUUCAGGUGCAUGGGUAUUGGCACCACCAGAGCCCUCUGCCCAUCCAGUGUGAACAGGAGCUGGCUCUGUUUCAGGUGUGGCCAGGUGGAACACUCGGCCUCCGGGUGCACGGCGACACCGCGGUGCUCGGUGUGCACCGCGGCUCGCCAUCCAGCGGACCACGUAAUGGGGGGGCGAUCUUGCGCUCCCCUCUCCACCAAGAGCAAGCCGGCGGGGACCUCAGGCCCCCUCCCUAUUGA